AUGAAAAGNUUAGAUAGAAUCUCUAUCGGUCGAGGGAGGACUAAAUUGACGUAUAGAUCCAUUUUGAAGAUACACAACGUGAAAAUCGAGGACUCACAGGAAUAUAUUUGUACAGGGAAGUCCACUGGCAAUUUGACUCGGUCUACUGGAUAUCGUUUGGAAGUGAAGGCUGCACGAGCGCCUAUAAUUACAGAUACCAAUUUGAAGAAAGAGGAGAUAAUCAUUGAUCUUGGGAGCCGAGGUAGCAAGAAAGUACUUUUUCACUGUUUUGCGGAUGGUAUACCUAACCCAAACAUCAGUUGGUUUAAGGAUGGUGCACAGGUGGUAGUUAGUAAUGAAAAGCACAAGUUAUCCAAUAACUCUCAAAAACUUGAACUGGAAUAUCCAUUGGAAGUCGACGGCGGCGAGUACGUGUGCCGAGCAGAAAAUCGAAUUGGAAAAAUAGAAGUUUCUCAACGAAUAACGAUAAAGGGGUUCAGGAUUGUAAGUAACAGACCUGUAGCUCUAAUCAUUUUGGUUGUCAUGUUAGCAAUUGUCGUUCUGAUCCUGGUGAUCUACUUUGCCCUCAAGGUUCGCCGUGAUAGGAUAAUGAGAAGGGAAUUAAUGGAGGCUGGUCUUAUGCAUUUUGAGAAAGGAGCUGUCGAGAGUUUGAAUCCGGACUUGACUGUAGACGAACAGGCAGAUCUCCUCCCUUAUGACAACAAAUGGGAAUUUCCCAGGGAAAGAUUGAAAUUAGGGAAACACUUGGGAAGCGGCGCGUUCGGCGUAGUCUUGAAAGCAGAAGGUUUGGGCAUUUGCGAAGGCGAGGCAAUUACUACUGUAGCUGUGAAAAUGGUCCGCCGUGCUCCCAAUCUCGUGUAUAUCUGUGCACUUGCUAGCGAACUCAAGAUCAUGGUACAUCUUGGCAAACACCUGAACACUGUCAACCUUCUUGGUGCUUGCACAAGAAAUAUCUUGAAACGUGAAUUGUUAGUGAUCGUAGAAUUCUGCCAAUUUGGAAAUUUGCACGAUUACUUAUUGAGCCACAGAAGCGGCUUUAUCAAUCAAAUCGAUCCAGCAACUUGCAAAUUAGACCUCAGCAUCGGCCUUGAUCUACUGAAGAGAACUAGCGGUGUUUGCACUACUAACAGGAUUAAAUCUGCGGAGUUAUCAUCUUCUGCCAAUAUCAACCGUAAUUCGGAAUCUAAUUCGGUGCAGUGUCACGCUGCAGCUACCGAUUUCCAGGACAUCGGUAUGUCGGCAGAUGAUCCCGUACAAUAUUGCGGUUCCACUGAACAUAGUUGUCGGGGAGACUACGGGGACUCUAAUUUAAAACCAAUCUGCACGCAGGAUCUUUUGUCCUGGGCGUUCCAAGUAGCCCGUGGAAUGGAAUAUCUCAGCCAGAGAAGGAUAUUACACGGUGACUUGGCCGCUAGAAAUAUCCUGCUGGCCGAUGAAAAUGUAGUGAAGAUAUGUGACUUCGGUCUGGCCAAGAGCAUGUACAAAGAAGAAAUUUACAAAAAGAGAAGCGACUGUCCAUUACCCAUUAAGUGGUUGGCCAUCGAAACAAUGAGGGAUCGAAUUUUCUCCACGCAAUCGGACAUUUGGUCGUUUGGCAUAGUACUGUGGGAGUUCUUUACGCUGGCUAUGACUCCGUAUCCUGGAAUAGAGGCGGAGAUAGUGUACCAGAAGCUGAUCGAGGGUUACAGAAUGGAGCAGCCUGAAUAUGCCAUCCCCGAAGUAUAUGAAAUAAUGUGUCAAUGUUGGAAUGCCGAGCCUUCUCUACGCCCGAGUUUCACGGAACUAGUCGAUAGCGUAGGAAAUUUGUUGGAGGACAAUGUGAAAGCGCACUACAUCGAAUUAAACGCCCCAUACCUCGACAUGAACAGGACUCUGCUGGAUGGCGGAAAGAACGAUUAUCUGACGAUGGUCUCUGCUCCGAACCACGCCGUGCUUUCUUCACCGACUCAUGAUUGCGCGAAUUCUGUGGAGACAUCGCCUAUGCUGAACAAGGAGGAGGAAGAUCCCUAUCUGAAACCUAUCAAUGUCCGCGAGCAGAGGGCAGAACUUACCAGAAAUAGAAGAAUGGUGAAGGAUCACUUGGUGGAUCCAGAUUAAUGUUCCGGUAACUGUAACCCGCCGGCCAACUUGAAACUGGAAAGGUCUUUUGAAAAGAUGGAGGUCAACUCGAAUCUGACGGCCGAGAUGGGCUUCGCUCCGACAAUCGUAAACACUUGAUAGAACGCUAGUGCUGAAAUUACCAAUUUCGCUUUCAAUUGAGUCACCUAAACAUAGAGUUAAGCGCAAAUAUCUUUCGACAUUAUCAUAACUAAAGAUAUUCAUUCUACAUGGUUUCCAAUUAUCCAAUACACGCGUUGGAGUUCAAUAAAUCCCCACCAUUUGGAAGCCUUA